AAUGUAAACAUUUUUAUCCCUAUCUGAACAUGCAAUAUUGUUUUGAUUGUACUUGUAUUCAUGUAUGUAUAAUGUAUUGAUUUUCGACCAAUUUGUUAUUUGUUUUAUGUUAUGCUUAAAUUAACUGUUUUUACACAAAGCACGUGCGUGUGUGAUCAACUGUAAAUCAUUUCGGUUAGGUUGAUUAACCGCAUAAUCAAUGGAUGUUCCACCCAUACUGUAUUUCAUUAACUAAACCGCAGUUUUUAUUGGUUAGUUUAUAACAAUGAAUUAGUAUUGUGAGAUAAAUAUUGGAAAUUGAUUUUUUAUCGACUAACAUUUCGAUGUUUACCCGUGUUUCUAUUUGAUUUAAACUGAUAAAUAUCUCUUCGAUUAUUAAUGCAUUUAGUAAUUCAGGAUUUGGAUUUCAUAGAAGUGUAUAACUUAGUUUUGAAGCUUUCAAUAUCAUGAAUAUAUAAAGUCGUUUUCAAAUGCGAUAAAAAACUUUAUUGUAGGAAAUAGUAAGAAGAAUUCAUCAAUUUAAAAAAGUUAGGAUGUUUAACUUUAACUUAUUAGCGUUAAUUUUGUGUUGCACUUUUGUUAAAAUAUGGACUUAUCAUCCAAUGUACACAGGCACGAAUCAAGUCCGAGUAGGAGCAUUAUUCGAGUCGCAGCACGAGGCUAUAAGUCUAGCGUUCCAAAAUGCUGUAACAGAGGUACAUGUUGAGUCCAACAGCGUUCCUGCGAUAAUCUACGACAUGGAAAUAUUGACACCAGAUAAAAGCUUUCAGGCCCAAAACAAAUUGUGUUUACAAAUGAAAAGAAGGAAUGGUAUUGCCGCGGUAUUUGGACGAGCUAGUGAAACAUCGCAAUCUCACAUGAAGUUGCUGUGUGACACUACACAAAUUCCUUUCAUAGAGACAUCGUGGAAGGCACGAGAUUCCCGUGCAACAUUUGCAAUUAACUUAUAUCCGGUCAAUGAAGAGCUGAGUAAAGCAUUUGCAGACAUCGUCAAAUACUGGGACUGGAAAAUAUUUACAGUUAUCUAUGAAGAUGGAAACGGUUUGAUAAGGUUACAAAAAGUGCUUGAAAUACCGGGAGGGGAUGAGUACAAAAUGACAAUUAGAGAAUUUGAGGCUCCCCAACAUAACAGCGAUAAGGCGUUGGAAAAUCUGCUCGCAGAUAUGAAAGAGAAAAAAGAAUACAGAAUCAUCAUAGAUUGUCAUGUUACAAGGAUACCUAAGUUCCUUGAAAAGGCCGACUCUAUGGGAAUGUUGUCGGGGUAUUACCAUUUUCAUUUUACUUCACUGGAUUUUACACAAAUUCAUUUAGAACCAUACAUGUAUAAAGGCGCUAAUAUCACAUCUAUGCGACUUAUAGAUCCGUCCAACCCUGCCCUAAAAUCGUUGACAUCUGACUGGACGACAAAGGAAAUAAUUUACGGCAAGUCACCAAUGCUCGGAUCUAAAUUUAUAGGGACAGAAUCAGCGUUGAUGUAUGACGCCGUGCACAUUUUCGCGCAUGCGUUGAGAAACCUUUCUAGAGCUCGACCAGUUUCCACAGAGUCACUAAACUGCCAUAAGCGAGAAAAAUGGUCGAAUGGAACAAGUUUACUGAAUUACAUGAAAACAUCUACAUAUCAUGGACUCUCGGGAGAAAUAAAAUUUGAAGAUGGCCAGAGACAAGGUUUUCGGCUCGGCAUCACUAGUUUAUCAGUCCAUGGGCUAACCGAGAUAGGUAGUUGGAAUACAAACACAGGAAUUAAUAUAACAUCAUUUUCCGUGAUACAGAAAAUAUUUGAUGAUCGGGAACGAUUAAGAAAUACCACUUUACGGGUUGUCACUGUUUAUGAUCCACCAUAUGUCAUGAACUUAUCAGAGCCAAACGAGCAUGGCCGGAUGCAUGAGGGCUUCAUUAUAGACCUUCUUGACGAGUUAUCGUAUAUACUGGGGUUUAACUACACGAUAUACGAACAGGUAGACAGACAGUAUGGUAGUGAAAUAACGCCAGGAAAAUGGAACGGUAUGAUUGGAGAUCUGAUGUCACGUGACAACACAAAAAAGGCUGACAUUGCAGCAGCAGGGUUGUCUAUAACAUAUGCACGAGCCAGGGUGGUUGAUUUCAGCAUGCCGUUUCUAAGCCUUGGUAUCACUAUAAUAUACAAGAAGCCGGUUAUUUCACCGCCCGAUCUUUUUUCCUUCCUUUUACCACUCUCACCUGAUGUCUGGAUCUACAUGGUUGCUGCCUAUCUCUGUGUCAGCUUUAUGAUGUUUAUUAUAGCAAGAUUCACACCCUACGAAUGGGAAAAUCCUCACCCUUGUAACAGUGAGUCAGAGGAAGUAGAGAAUGUAUUUACAAUUCUUAACUGUUUGUGGUUUGCUAUUGGAUCUCUUAUGCAACAAGGUAGCGAUAUAGCACCGAAAGCAUCCUCCACGAGGUGUGUGGCGAGCAUCUGGUAUCUUUUUACUCUAAUAAUCGUAUCCUCAUACACUGCUAAUCUUGCAGCGUUUCUAACAAAAAGCAGGAUGGAUGCGCCAAUAAAAAACGCCGAUGACCUGUCCUUGCAAUCAGAGAUCAAAUACGGAACACUCUCGUCGGGCUCUACUCGAGACUUCUUCAAGAACGCAGAAAUGCCUGUGUACAAGCGGAUGAACGCAUUUAUGACAGCUAAUGGGGACAAGGUCUUUGUAAAAAGUAAUGCAGAAGGUUUCAAGAAAGUAAAAGCUUCUCAAAAUUAUGCGUUUUUAUCAGAAUCUACAUCAAUUGAUUACCAAGUACAGAGGAACUGCGAUCUUAUGCAAAUUGGUGACUUAUUAGACUCUAAAGGAUAUGGCCUUGCUUCCCCUAAAGAUUCUCCAUGGAUAAAAUACAUUUCAAAAGAAAUUGUAAACCUUCAACAGCAACAAGUUAUAUCAAAACUGUACAAAAAAUGGUGGGUGGAGAAAAGCAACACUGUUUGUGAAGACGACAACGCAGACGAUCAACAAACGAGCGCUCUUGGUGUUGGGAAUUUGGGAGGUGUAUUUCUUGUCCUUGCCGGUGGUUCCAUAUUCGCUCUGUUUGUCGCCAUAUUGGAAUUUUUAUGGAAGGCUGGAAGGACAGCUCGAAAACAAAAUGCAUCAUUUUUGACUGAAGUGAAAAAUGGAUUAUAUUUCAUCUUUGUGGAAUGCACAUCUUCGAGGAACAUGGGAGACGAGAACAGCUCUGUUGAUGAAUGUGAAGUGAAUAAAAAUUCUCUACAAAAAACUCCUAAAAUCACUAACGGCAAUUUCUGUAAAGAUGCUGCUGAUUGAUUGAAGUGUUAUGAACUUAAAGUUUUGCUUUAACGAACAGUUGAUUGAUAUACAAAAACAAAAGAUCAAGGUGUAUAUAUAGUGUCACCAAAUCUGCAGCGAUUUUAUUUAGUAAUAAAAUCAUGGCAUUUCGAAGUGUUAAUCUUUUCUUAAUAAUACAUUGUAUCGGUCUUGCUCUUGAACCGACGAACAACAGACAAAUGUAUAGUUUUCUUUAUUCUCAUAUAUCAUUUUACAUGAAACAACAUCCCAAUAAACUGAAACGCCUGUACACAUCAGUUUACGUCGUCUGUUAAUCAUUCGAUGCAAACAAAUGAAAAUUAACUUAAUUAAAUAUGAAAAUGAUAUGUAUAAAUAUAAAAUACAAAGUUUUUGUUUUUCGUUCGUUUUUUGUCUCCGUAAACAUGUGCAAGAUGUCGUUUUUUGUUUGUAAUCUAAUAAGCCAUGUUUAUUCUUUUUUAAUUAUAUUUUAUCAGGAAAUAAA